GAUUGGUCUAGCUAAAAAAAAACCUGAAGAGGUGGAAUAUAUCUGCUCAGCAGCUUACUGAUUUUAGGAAUUCCCCUCCAUAGCUUAACAUGGAGCAAAAGGAAUGAACCAGUGCUCUUUAGGACCAUGCAGGCACCAAGCCAAUAGCUAGCAAGGCACAGGCCUAUUGUGUAUAAGAGCAGGCAGAACAAUAGGAGGCUGACAGUCAGUGGUGCAGCAAGUGAGCUGUUAAAUGGCGUCUCCUCGGACUGUCACCAUAGUUGCCCUUUCUGUGACUCUGGGCCUUUUCUUCGUCUUCAUGGGGACAAUUAAGCUGACUCCCAGGCUCAGCAAGGAUGCCUACAGUGAGAUGAAAUGGGCAUAUAAAAGUUAUGUGAAGGCAUUACCGGCACUAAAGAAGAUUGGCAUCUCUUCUGUGUUUCUUCGUAAGGCAAUCGGCACUCUUGAGCUGGCUUGUGGGAUUGUCCUGACUUUGAUCCCUGGGCGACCUAAAGAUGUGGCCAACUUCAUCCUCCUCCUCCUGGUCCUCAUUGUUCUCUUCUUUCACCAGCUUGUUGGAGAUCCUCUAAAACGGUAUGCUCAUGCUCUGGUUUUUGGAAUUCUUCUGACUUGCCGCCUACUUGUAUCCCGCCAACCAGAUGAAGAAUUUUCAGAGAAAAAGUCAUCACGGGGCAGCAAUGGAGCACAUUCACGAGAACCCAGCAAGAUGAAAGUGUCUUAAACUAGAUUCAUUCACUGUUUUUUUUGGGGGGGAGGUAUUAAAAUAAAUUGGAAUUCAUCAGAGAAUAUCCUUCAGGCACCCUUACCUUCCUGAAAUGCAAUCCAUUUACAAAAGCUAGCCCCUGCCAUUUGGAACUUGGCAUAUUGUACUGGUAAAUGUGGAAGUGUACACAGUGGGGCUCAUUUAUCAACACUGGGCAAAUUUGCCCGUGGGCAGUUACCUAUAGCAACCAAUCAGUGAUUAGCUUUUUGAAACCAGAUGCAAGUAGAACAAUGAAUGCAGCAAUCUGAUUGGUUGCCAUUGGUUAUACAUGGGCACAUUUUCCCAGUUUUGAUAAAUGAACCCCUGUAUCGGCUAUAUGUGCAGUUUGUACCAGUAAAUGUUAAUACAUCUGAGGAAGAUCCUUAGAACAACAGCAGGCAUUACAUUGAGGGCAAAAUUACCCCCAAAAUGUUUUGAACCGUACAAAGAUCAGAUCAGCAUGAACAAUAAGCCCAACAUUAAGCAAAGGCCCUUUUAUGAUAAUGUACACCUAUUUAUUUUUUUCUUUUAUGUUUGUGAUUUAUGUUUAAAUAAAAGAAGUAUACUAAGAGGCCUAUUUAUCAAAAUAAAAAUGUGUAUAGUUUUAGGUUUUUUAACCAUGA